GGAGUCUGUCUUCUGCUUUUUCAACAUUGGAUUUGCGUUACUGGAGCACUCUGACUAGAGGUGGUGACAUGACGCAAAACACUCUCUUCUAUUGCCUGUGGAUCUGAAGCACAGUUAUCCUGUUCCAUUCCCUUUGGUCUUAUAUGGAGCAUAUUUCUCUAUCUGUUGUUAAAGUAUGAUGACAUGUCUGUAGCUAUCAGAAAGAGAAGCUGGGAAGAACAUGUGACCCAAUGGAUGGGACAGCCUUUUAAUUCCGAUGAUAAUAGCAUAGCCUGUCAUCAUGGACUAGUAGCUGAUAGCUUGAAGGCAAGUAUGGAAAAAGAUGCAACUCUCAAUGUGGAGCACAAAGAGAAGUGUGCUUCACUGCCAGACUGCUGCCACGGUUAUGAGCUGAGAGAUCUUUCUGGUACACCAAUGGGUCAUAUUGCAAAAGAAGUGGAAGAAAACUAUUGCCACGAAGGUAAAGAUCAAUUUCUUUCUCUGGAGGCCAGUACAGAAACAUUAGUGCAUGUUUCAGAUGAGGAUGUGGAUUCUGAUCUGUAUCCUACAGAUGAAAACCAGAUCUUAACCAUUGAAGGACAGAACACAUUAGAUCAACAUAGCGUCAAAGGAGCAGGCUCCUUACAAAAUAAGCUGUCCAUCUUGGAAAGUAACAAAGAUUCUUAUAACUCCAGGGGAAUGCCCAGUGGAGCUGAUUUAGCACUGAUAGAAGAAAGGAGUGAAAUGAAGGUGGUUGACAUUAUGAGUAAAAACCUGGAGCUUUGCAAUGUGAUGAGCUUAAGUGAACUAAAGGAUGCUGCCAAAGAUAAUGCAUGUGAUUCUGUGAAUGCGGAUGACACUGUGCCUGAGAAGCAAUUGCUUGAUUCUGCUGUAAUUGCUCAACAACGAAGGAAACCUGACUUCCCUAAAGAUGAACAGGAAGGAAACACCUGCAGUGCUGUACAAGAUAUGUGCUUGGCUAUUCCUUGUACAGACAGAGUCCUACCAUUAUUAAAAGCAGAUUCUGGGAACUGUCUACUGCAAUCUCCUUCCUGCCCUCAUGGAAUGUCUGUUGAAAAUGGCUCGAAGAAGAGUGGUUUCUCAGAACAACAAAACAAAAAUCUUUCAAUGGUCAACUCUGGAGAUGGCACGCAGUGUUUACACUUAAAGGAGACUCUGGCCACCCAGGAAACAACAGAUAAUCAAGUCAGGUUUCGCAAAAGAAAGGUAAGAUAUAUGAAGUGA